AUGUCGUCCCAAAAGCCCUCCGGAAAGGCCCAGCGCUCGGCCAUGGCCGACGUGGUGUCCCGUGAAUACACCAUCCACCUGCACAAGCGACUGCACGGUGUUACCUUCAAGAAGAGGGCUCCGCGGGCCAUCAAGGAGAUCAAGGCGUUCGCUGCCAAGGCUAUGAACACCUCAGAUGUCCGUCUCGACCCCCAGCUGAACAAGAAGGUCUGGGAGCAAGGUGUGAAGGGCGUUCCCUACAGACUCCGCAUCCGCAUUUCCCGGAAACGUAAUGACGAGGAGGGCGCGAAGGAGAAGCUGUACAGCUACGUUCAGGCCGUCAACGUCAAGAACCCCAAGGGCCUGCACACGGUCGUUGUGGAGGAGUAA